UUUACUGAUUUCUAUCAUGGGAAUAGCCGUGCCUGUCGCUGCCCUGCCGUGCCAGCUCGAGCCGAGUGUGCUCCCGGAGGAAAACAUCCCUCUCCUCACUCAGAGGAACCAAAAAGAGCAGAGCACGUUUUCUGAACUAUUCCAGAUGCAACAAGACGAAGCUGUACAAGAAUAAGGAAGUAAAGCGACAUUUCCCCCCCUUCACGUGAUCCUCUGAAGCAACUUCAGCGGACAUCGGACAAUGUAGUGAUUUUGCUCCCAGCGUUUUCUGUCAAGACCAAAGGGCUCAGCAGAACCUGCAACUUAACCUGCAACUUUUCUGAAAUGAUGCUCAACUUUUCUCUCCGUGCAUUGCUCCCAGUGGUCGCAGUGGCUGUUCUUACAGCUGUGAAGACAUUCACCCCCGUCCUCGACCCCUUGCUCUGUUUCUCCAGCCGUGAUCCUUUUGUCAACCUUCGUCUUCCUGCCAUCCUCAUCAAAGUUGCUGAAAGUCAGAAGGUUGCUGUGGACACUGGGACGUCCUUCAACCCAUCUCCAGUUUACCCCACUGUCAGCUUUCAGGUUCUCAAUGUGAACUACAUGUUUGUGCGGCAGGACAGUCCCGAGCCUUCGGGGAACUCCAGCCUGAAGGCUCAGACUCAGACUUUUCUCAUCACUGGUAAAGGCGCUGGGCUCCUCCAACCAGCUGUCAACGCCUCAUACGGCCCCCUGACCGUGGACGCCCCGAUUCCUCCAGACUUGCUCCUCAGCGGACGAACAAUCCUGCCAGUCAUUUUGGCCCGCCAGGUUCGUUCUUCAUCCCCUGUAGUCAAGAUUCUCUUCCACAUGCCCACAGAAAGUGGCAUCACUGUCGGGCAAGAAAGAAUGGGAGAAGAUAAUGGCAGGAAAGGUGCUGGAGCUAAGGCGAAGGAUGGAGCUCACUGUGUCACGGCAUACGCCUUCUGGGAGACGAGGGAAGUUCGUGGGGCAUGCCUGGUGUCCCCAGGUGGUUUCUGUGUGGCACAGCUGAAGCCAGAGCCGGCCUGGUUCAGCUCUGGAAGCCGGUCAGGCAGCUCGAGCAGGGAAGCAGGAAGAACCGAAGGAAUUAAGGGGCUUCAGGGGAACCUUGUGGAGGUCUACUUCCAGAGUCGGAGGGAUCAGACAGGGCAGUGUACCCCCCAGGAUAGCCUGCAGCGUGUUGGAGUGGGAAGAGGAAGAGACUCUGGGGCAUCUGGGACACCGAUGAGACGGAUAGGAAGUGUCAAUCUGCUCAGAACUCCACCUGGGAACCCCACCUUUUUUCGACUGAGGCUUGGAGGCGCCGUGGUGGUCCAGACCUCUUCCAAACCCCUGAAAGCCACAGACGUUUCAACUUUCUAUGUCUUCCUGGCUAGCACAUCCACCUUGGAAAAUUUCACUAUCAGGGCGACAGUAAAAACAGGCUUAUCAUUCAGUGCGGCGCGGCCCAGUGACUCAGCGCUGUGGGACAUCGUGGUGGAGCCCGGCAGAGGAGCGACUCCCAACACCGUCUCCGUCGUAUGCCAGAGGAAGGUCGCUGUCACUGCAAAGAGGGGUCUUCUGGAAGUUUUGCAACUGGACUUUGUGCCAAAAGAUGUUUCAGAGCAGGCUGAGAGUCAGACUAUUUCCUGGCGUCUGGAGUUGCCGGGGAACAUCAAGGAUGUGGGCAUAAUGCGGAUCUACACAACUCAGAGAGACUAUGUGGGGCUGGCACCUCUGGUCAUGAACACAGAUAUCUUGAACACUGCUGUGCUGACGGGCGAAACUGUGUCGGUGCCUGUGAAGACUCUGGCCGUGGAGGCCGAUGGCACCGUCACCGAUGUCACCAACUACACCAGCUGUCGGUCUACAGAGGAAGAUAUACUCAAGGUGUCAGAGCGAUGUGAAUACAUGUAUGUAAAUGGGAAGGAGACGAGAGGGAAGAGCAGGGUGAUGCUCAACUUUACUUACGGUUUCCUGAGUGCCCAGCUGGAGAUGAGUGUAUGGAUGCCCCGCCUGCCAUUGCAAAUCGAUGUGGCCGACCCAGAACUUAGCCAAAUCAAAGGCUGGAGGGUCCCGGUUACUACAGGCAACAGGAGGUCAACAUGGGACAGUGAGGAAGAGGAGGAGAUGAGGAAGGGCAGGGGUUGCAUGCUGCAGUACCAGCACUCGACACUGAGGGUGCUAACGCCAUUCGUAGCGCAGGCUGACGCUGAGGUGCUGCCUGACCCACUGACCGGGGCAGAGCCUGUUGAGUACUUCCUGGGUCCUGAUUGGAAGGCGGAUGUGACCAAGCUUGUACGUUCUUUUCUAAAAGUGGCUGAUCCUGAUGUAGCCAGGGUGCAGGAUGGGGUGGUAUUGCAGGGACGCGCUGUGGGCUCUACCACUGUGCAGGUGCUGUCCCCUCUGACUUCAUCGGUCCUGGCUGAGAGGAGCAUCAGGGUGGUGGAUGAUAAAGUGAGUGUGACAGAGCUGGGGGUGCAGUUGGUUUCUGGACUCUCUCUGUCACUGCAGCCCAGCCUGGGGAGCAACAGGGCCAUUGUCGCCACAGCAACCACACGGGAGAUGAUUACGCAGCUCAAACAGGAAGCAGUGGUUAGCUGCUGGGUCCAGUUCAGUGAUGGCGCAGUCUUCCCAUUGGAGCUGUUUGACCGCAGUAUAUACUCUCUGACGGUCUCUACCCCAGAUGAGGGGGUGGCAACAGUACGCCGCACCCCACAGUCCACUUUUUUAGUAGCGCAAGGCGAAGGUGGAGGCCAGGGGGCGGUUGUGAGAGUGGAACUGAGAAUCUGUGAGGAAUGUCAGAAGUCCAAGAGGAAGAGCAAGCUGGCGGUGGGCACUGGGCUCCUCCGAAUGAACUUCCAGAGUAACAGCAGAGUCGUAGCAGGAGGAGGAAGCGCCAACGAAAAUAAAGAUUUUGACGGUGCAUCAGAAUUGGUAGGUGUGCUUAAAACGACAGUGACUUCACAGCAGUCUGUCACAGAUAUGGAUAAAUGGUUGUUAAGAAGCACAGUAGUUGACCAGCGAGAGUCCACCGUGGCAGAAACUACAACCUCAACCACAUUUUCAACAAAAUCCAUGCAGCCGCAAAUCAUAUGGAUUGGAAGUACAACUAAAGCUACAAGAGAUAUCACAUAUACUGUCAUUCCCACAACUGCCACUACAACUAUGAGCACUGCUCGACCUAUAGACACAACAGUGGGUUUAGUUAUUAAAGAAGAAGGGCAGAAGAGAAGCUAUGGAAACGUGCUCGGAAACCCCAAUUCGCCACUGAACAAAGACAUUUCUAAACAAGAGCUGACCCCAAAGAAGGAGCCUCCCAAAUCUAAAACUCCAAAAGUAAUCGAGAGUGACCUCAUUAGGACAUUCAAAGCUAUGUCGGACAUGGAAAUUGGCAUGUAUGCCUUAGUGGGGGUCUCCUGCAUAGCUAUUUUUGCUUUUUUGCUCAACUGUGUUUCGUAUAACCUCUGUUUCCGGAAUCAUAAAACCCCCAUACAGGCUGGCCCGCCGCCCAUUGGUGACCCAAAAGAUCACAAGCAUGACUGGGUGUGGCUGGGGAGCAACAAUCACAGCACUCCUGCACCAGGCGCCCCGGCUCAAGAAUCCACGCUAAAACAUGAGCCUCAUGGCCCUCUGGAGUCCCGUCACUCCAUAGACUCCAUUGGCCACCACGGCAUGGAGAGCACCCUGCCCACUGUGAGCGCCGCACCCGCCGUUCCCGAAAGAACUGCCACCCUGGGCCGCAGCCGGACCAGCUCCCAGCAGCAGCAGUUUCAAGGAAAGGCGAUUGACCCCAUGGUGAACCGCUCAGCCACCUUGCUGGCCCGGCCACAUCGCAGCGAGCCGCUUCAUUCUCCCACCAGUAAGCGGAACCAGGUCCAGUUCACCACCUUUACCACGCUGGACAUCAAGCACCUGGCUGCGCUAAAGAAGAAUGGCGUUGACUUAAACUGGGCCAACCAGCAGACACAGGCUCCUGUCGAGCCCCAGACACCCUUACCUGACAUGCCGUGGCCUGUAGUCAAACCUCUAGGAGAGCCGCAGUGAGUUUUUUGGGUAUGAAUGAGUAAAAGAGAACAAAAAGCAAGUUCUAGUAGUGAAUGUCUAAAAGAGAAAAAGCUGACUUAUGUUUUUUUUUAAUAAAUAACUUUAGAGGAUGUAUUUAUUGAGAUUAGAUAAUGGACAUUUUAUAUUGAAGUAUGCGCUUGGUGAAAGCCUGUAAAUAAAUUAUGUAAUGGUGUACCCAUGAUGAGCAAAAGAGAUACUGUGUUGAUUUUUAAAUAUUAAAAGCAUGAAUUUACCCUGGAAAUGCAAGAUUCUUCUGCUCUGCAGAUCUGAUAUUGUAAAUAUACAUAUAGCUAACUUAUUUCUACAUUUAUAACUCAAAAGAAAUUAAUUUUUAUCCCUUCUCACUCUUCUACGCUCCUGUUGCCCCUGUAGAAACUACUCCAGAUAUUGCUAGUUGUCAGGGUAAAUGCAGUAUACGGGAGGGAUUAUUUCUUGUAAGUAAUUCUAUUCUUUUCCAGCCUUUUUAUAUUUUUUUUUCUUGGAUUCCUCCAGAGAAUACCUGAAGAGUCUGUGCAAUUUGUCAGAGAAUAUGCAACGUUUAUCAAGUUAUUUUGAGCAAUCUGUCACUGCAGUCUGUGCCAGAUAUUUAUUCAAAUCAAAUGCACACUAUGCAAAUAUAGUCUGCGCUGCGUUUGAAGUGGACAUUGUUUCUGAAUUUUUUAACAAAUUUACCUUAGGCUUCAGGCUCCUCCUGGGGGGCUGCUUCUACAAUUUGUAAAAAUGUCUAAUCUUGACAGAGCAAUACAUAUUCAACUGUAAGGUUUUUCAAGUGUGAAUGGAAAACAAUGAUGCCUUUUCUAUGUAACAAUCUCUUAUUUUGAAACCAAAAUGUGAUGUGUAUUUCCUACAAGAUCCUAUCAAUAAAGAACACA